CUGGCGUAAAAAGAAGCGCCUCAGCGCGCCGUUUUUUGGCUUGUCAACCGAAACCACGCAACAUUUUUCUCUUGAAAUAUUUUGUAAAAUCUAUCAAUUUCCUAAUGUGCUAUUCAAUGGAACGUGGGGAUAGAUGCGCCGUACAAAGUUAAGUGAUAUUGAAUACAAGUGAUUAGUUGAAUCGGAUUGUAAAUCGUUUUCCCACCGUGGUGACCCGCGAACUCUCAACAUGCCUCUGUUAAAAAGGAAAGCAUUUGAGAAAUCAAAGGCGUCGGAGUACCUCAGGGAUGACGAUGAGGUCUUCCAUUGCGAGAUCACCGACGAGAUAUUCAAAGAUUAUGAGGAAUACUGCGAGAGGAUCAUUCUCGUCAAUUCAAUGGUAUGGACGUGUGAGAUGACAGGAAAGAAUAACUUGACAUACUCAGAAGCAUUGCAUAGUGAGAGGACAGCUCGUAGAGCCCUGAAAGAUUUUCCCAUGGAGCUCCGUAUACCCAUAUUGUAUUUAGCAAUGAGAACCAAGAGGUGUUCCUUUGCUGAGAUGUCAGAGGAUGUGUUUAACUUUGUGAGGGACAGGUACUUUGUGGGAGAGACAGUUGAAGCCUGUCUGGAGGGAGAAGUGUGGAGGGAGGCUCACAUACUGUCCAUCACAGCACAGAAACAGCAUCCAGACAGCAAAGCCAUGUUACCAUCAACAGCAUACUGCUAUGAGGUGGAACAGUAUCAUGAGAGUGACCCCUCCGAGUCUGGGCAGAUAGGCACAGCGCCCUCAGACCGCGUGCGCAGGCGCAAGGGUGUUUACACACGUGAUAAGAACCGCCUAUUCCUUAAACAGUUUGUCGAAGGUGGUCCUGAUGGUGUUAUCGCUAUUAAGAAAUCAGCACAAGAAAAGUACAAUAUAAACAAAGUAAGCUUUGACCAAAUAUUCACUGGCAAUCCACCAGUGUUUCCUUCUUCUAAGAAGCUUUUAAAGUCACCACCAGCUUCCAAAGGCCCAGCUAAGCCAGGGUCCGCUUCCAAACUGGCCAAGACUGUCAAAAAACCCAGCCCUGAUAAGAAAGGCCGCCAGGAGUCCAUGGACAAGUUUGUGAAGAAAACAGAUAAAGCUGAAGCACAAAAGAACAAGCCUCCAACGGACCCGGCAGCUAAGAAGAGUGCGCAAGAAAUGGCGGAAAAGAUGCGCAAAGCAGAAGAUUUGAUGCGACAGCGCAAGGAAGAGGAAAGAUUGCGCAAAAAGGAGAAGACUGCGCGGCUGCAGGCUUAUAUGAAGGAAUGGCAGAAAGUCAAAGAUGAUAUAGAGCUUGAGGACCAUAAAGUAUUACCAACAGGAACUUUGGUAGACGUGGAAGGGAUACCACAUGAACAUUUUGGUGAUUUCCUCUCAGUUUUGGAGUUUGUCCACCAAUACUCGGAGAUCCUCAAGGUGAAGGAUGUAUUCCACAAUCAGCAGCUGGACCUGGAGACAUUCAGGAAGGCACUGACACAGAAGGAACAUGCUGGGCUGUUCAGCGACCUGGUUCAGAUGUUCCUGACGACAGUAUUUUCCUUGCAAGAGGAUGAAGCUGAGGAGUAUAAUGAGAAUGGACGGAUACAACUGUCCACUGGAGAAGAGGAUAAAGAGACAGACAGUGAGGUGGGAGUUACGAAGGCGAUGGAGUUGGCAACGAAAGCCAGCAAAUGGUCACAAACAUAUCUUGGCACUCCGCUGAGCAAGCUGCCCCUAGACCCCACUACAGUCAGCGAAGUUUUAAGACUGCACCUGCUGUCGUCGGGCGCGGGCCCGGGCGGGCGCUGCGCGACGUGGCGCUACCAGGCGCGCGGCGGGUACACCAGCGCCGACGACGCCGGCCUCCGCCUCCGCGUGCAGCGGCCCUCUCUCCUCCGCGCCCUGCACUCCACGCACGUUGCUGACCUCGCGCUUGAAGACAAGUUCUUAGUGCUUCAGUGCCUAAUGAACCAGAUCCUGAGUUACGCUACUUUGAGGGAUGUCAUCGAAGAAAGACUUGAAGAGAUGAAGAACACUAAACAAGCUCUCAGAGUGUUACAAACAAAUGAAAGGAAACGCGAGGCUCAGUUGAUAACGGCUAAACAGGAGAUUCGUAAAGAAGCAUUAGCUAAGAAGGAAGAGAAUAAACUGACCGGGGAGAAGGCGAAGGCAGUGGAUGAGGAAACGAAGGUGGCCAUAGACAAACUGAUGGCCGAGAGCGAGGAGAAGAAGAAACAGUAUGAGAAGGAGUUGAAGGGGUACCAGGAGGAGUUGUUCGAGUAUACCACCUAUAUUGGGUCGGACCGUGCAUUCCGCCGCUACUGGAUAGUGCGGUCGCUGGCGGGGCUGUUCGUGGAGGCGGGGGCGGAGCCCCGCGGGGCGUGCCGCCACAAGCCGGUGACGCCGGCGCCCCACGACGCCCACGACACGCUGGCACACGUCGCCAAACUCUUCGAGCAGCAGAAGGAGAGAGCAGGAAGUGAUAAAGAGAAUGAAUCCGGCUCUAACUCCCGCGGCAGUUCUCCAAAGAAGCCACUAUCUAACCUGAAUGGACUGAGUCACAAAAUGAACGGCACUGUCGUCGACUCCACUACCCAGCAACUGCAGGACCUGCUCAUGUGUACCGGGGAUAUUAAUACCUGUCUUGUGCAUGGAAAGAGCCAGCGCCCCCGAUGGUGGGUGUUCCACUCAGCGAGCGAGUUGUCCGCGCUGGAGAGUGCGCUGAACGCGCGCGGCCUGCGCGAGGCCGACCUGCGCCACGCGCUGCAGCGCGACCGCGCGCGCAUCCUCGCGCAUCUCGCGCCCUGCCCGCUGCAUCUACUCAACCCCGCCGCCGCGCCCGCUCCCCCCGCGCCAACGAUACACUACGGCACCCGGCACCGCAAGUUCCAGCCCUCGCUGAGCGUGCCGGCAGACAGUACGCUAUCCGAAGCGUUGGAGCUAUCUCUCAGGGACCAUAUCCUCGAGCUGGAGGAGAAAAUCUUCCAUGGGUUACUCGGAGCACUCAAAGUUAAGGACCGCGAGGCGUGGCGCGGCACGAUAAUGCUGCGCGGCUACGACAAGCAGGCCGACUACCUCACGUGGGGACCCGACAACCAGUACAGGGACGAUUACCAUCAGCCCGAUGGAGUGCUUAAACUACCCACCGACAUCAACGAAUCAGACAUGAAAAGCAUAGCAGUGAACAAAUACCGCGACCCCGGCUACUACCUGGAAGCGCCCAAAGUGAACGGCGUUAAAAAUGAACCUCCCGAGCCCGGGGCGAAGGCCGACGUCGUCCGGGGACUCGCGUCAGCGUUGCUGCAGGUGUCACAAGCUAUUAACCACAAGUACCUGAAGAGACCACUUGGUCUCGACGAUAAGGAAAGGAAAGACAGAGAAGCAAGGAACAAACCCUUGGAUCUAGAAGCUCUGCAGCGCUGGGAGGUAUCCCUGAUGGAGUGCAAGAGUUUCUCGCAGAUAAUGCUGCACCUGUUCACGCUGGACUCCAGCGUGACUUGGUCGGCCAGCAUACUGAACACUAGCUGUAGGCUCUGCAGGAGGAAGACCGACCCUGAUAAUAUGCUGCUCUGUGAUGGGUGCAAUAAGGGACACCAUCUCUACUGCUUGAAACCUAAACUUACCAAAGUGCCAGAGGGUGACUGGUUCUGUGACGUGUGCAAGCCUAAAGAGCGAGCUCCGCGUAAAAGGAGAAAACUGUACACAGAAGAAACAGAGCAAGAGGAACCUAAUAGCAGUGACUCGGAGUACCAGGUGGACGCCGGCGUUUGCGCGGGCUGCGGCAGCGGCGGGCGGCUGGGGGCGCGCUGCGCGACCUGCCGCGCGCCCUACCACGCCGAGUGCGCCCUGCCGCGCCCCGCCCGCGCCGCGCGCCGCUGGACCUGCGCCGCCUGUCUCGCGCCCACUAGGGAAACGAGCGGUCGUCGCUGCGCGGCCGCGGCCGCGAACUACAUCAACAACUACGGCCGAUUAGUACGCGACAGGGACUCCUUCGAUUCUGAUGACAGCGAAUAUAAUGUUGCGUUGGUGAAACUAACAAAACCGGCGAGCAACAGCAAGGAGUCGUCGCCACUACAUAAUGGGAAACCUAAGAGGGGACGCAAAUCAAAGAAUCAGGAUCAAGAAAACACAAAUGAAAGGCACUCGACGGGCAGAAGAUCGAAAAAUUCGUUAACGAAUGGACAUCAUGAGGAGCGCAGCAGUAAGAAGCGUAGCAGUCGACUGACGCAGUUGCAUACGGAAGCACUGCAGACGUUACUGCGGGAUGUCAUGAAGCACAAGGACUGCUGGCCCUUCUACGAACCCGUCUCGUCCGAAGAUGUGCCCGAUUACUUGGAAGUGAUAGACCAGCCGAUGGACUUCUCAACGAUCCGCGAGAAGCUGGAGUCUGAGCAGUACAGCACGGACGAGGACCUGCUGGCUGACGCCGCGCUCGUCUUCCUCAACUGCUACACCUACAACAUGGACUCGCAUCCUGUCGCCAAAGCUGGCAACCGUCUAGAAAAGUACAUGAACAAGCGUUGCGCGGAGCUGGAACUACCGUCGCUGCCGGAGAUCAGGCUGACGGAGGGCGACGACAGCUCUUCAAAGAGCAGUAAGAGGCCCUCCCCCUCCUCCGACGAGGAGGCGCCGCAGCCCAAGCGAGCCAAGCUCAAGUGACCUGCACCCUCCCACCUCGCCGACUACGUCCGAUACUGAGGCUAGUGAUUAAUAGUUAUACCACUUAACAUAACUACAUAAGGUUCCAUUUUGAUUAGGAUGAUGACUGGUUGAGAUUUUUUAAAUUAAACAUAUUAAAAUACAGAUUUGAUUUGAAGAACCUUAUGACGUCACUUCAACGCAUAAGUUUUACUUAGGUGUGAUUCAAGUGACAAAGUUUAAUCCAUUUUAUUUAAUAUAGAAAAAAAGGCAUGUCUAAUAUUUUUUCAUGAUUGAACUCUGAAUUAAUUUUUAAUUCACCCUGUCAUCAUCCAUAUUGUAUUGUGUUACGUACUUAACUAAAAGAGUACGUUCAGUAUUGUAUAAAUUAGUAGUCUGCCUAGGACAUGGCUGCAAUGGUUCGUUGUAUGAUAUAGAAGUUAGGAGGUAGACGCAUGUGCGACCCUAUCACGGAUCUAAUUGUGAUAUCUAUUAUGACGAGCGAAGAAAUCGAUUCAAUCAAAAUUGAACCUUAACUUCUGUGAUUUCAAUUGUUUUUCGUUUGGAGUUGUUAAUUUAAGGUACGAUGUAUCAAUUUCUGCUCUCGUUAUGAUAAUCCAAUGUUGACGAAACCAUCGAAAUCAACCAAAUAUAAAAUGAAUACGCUGUUGAUCAGCAUAUAUGCGGUACAUACAAGAUAAGCGUCUGGAAUAUUUAUGAUAAUUGCUCCCAAUACGGCUUAGGACCAUGAUAAUACAAAACACCUGUAUAAUAGUCACAUUUUAUAAAAAAAGACAUUGACACAAAAAAUCUCAAGUAACUAAUAUUUCAAAGAGUUCAAAAAACAAACGCUAAUUGAAUAAAUAUGACAAUGUAUGCGG